AUGACUCUGAAGUCUUCCAGGAAGAACCCCGAGGAUCGCAUGGCGGGCGUACUCGUGGACCCUACAAUAGAAGUGGCCGGUGGCGUAGAACUCCCGGCGCACAAGGUAGACUUAGCAGACCGCAUUUCAGCGUUGGCAGACCAGUUGCGAGACAACCAGCGUCUUCUGUGGCCCCAGCUACGCAGCCCCCCUUUUGGAUUAUGUCUACACGGAGGGGGCAUACUUCUCACGGAGGAGAAUGUUCGUGGGAUCACAAAAGUGGCACAGAGCCUCAAUCUGUCUGUUCUAGUGGGCUUCGGAGUCCAGUUUGUAGUCAAGAGACUGAAUUUGGCAAAUCUGCCGCAGAACUGGGCACUCGCCACGGCUUUCGAUAUCCAGGCACUGACAGCGCCGUGCCUGCGGUGCAUGUACCAGAACUUUUCUCAGUUUUCCGCCAGCGAUCUAUUUGUUGACCUGCCUGCCGGCCGACACAGUACACAUCUGCUUCUUCAAAGCACAGAUCUGGUGUCCAUAUCAGAGAGUCCUUUCAAGUUGGGGCUGCGUCACAGGGAGGGAUCAGUUGCGGAGAGUCGGGCUACUACAACUUCUACUUCUGAGAGGCCAAGUCAUCGGGAGUCUUCGGACAGAGGGGCACCCGAGGCGAAAACAGUGGAAGUUGGACCAGUUGUUGCUGCAGCAGUCAGCCAAAUACCCGCACCGCAACAAGCGCCUGAUGUAUUCUAUCUGUGUGGAUGUGAGGAUAAAUAUACAUUCAGGUGGAGCGUCGUACGCUACAGCCCCCAGCAGCAACGGGCAGCACAAAUCGCCGAUUAUGAGAAUCGCAAUGGCGCCACCUACACUGCCGUCGGGGGUGAGUCUACCUGA